CCACUGCGGUUCCUCCCUGGCAGCAGAGGACCACACCGACCUGCACGGCCCUCGACAAGGACGGAGAAAUGAGCUCGUCCUGCAUCGUGCUGCAUCGCACCAACGUGAGCGGGUGAAGGCUCUCUACUUUCCCCCCCUCUGGACUAGACGCACACACGCAAACACACACGCACAGAAUCACAGAAGACCCGCACACACCGGUCUCCUGUUUACAGACCCCCCCCCCUCCUCCCAGUUCAGCUGUCGGACUGUCCCACCCGCAGCCCCGGACCAUGGCGGAGAGAAGUGGCCGGCUGAGUUUCGCCGGCAGCGGGGCGCUGAACAGACCGGUGCCCAUGAACCUGUUUGCAACCUGGGAGAUAGAUGGAUCCUCCCCAAACUGCAUACCGAGAUUGUGCAGCUUGACAUUGAAGAAGCUGGUGGUGAUGAGAGAACUUGAUAAAGAGCUGAUCUCCGUAGUCAUCGCAGUUAAAAUCCAGGGCUCCAAACGGAUUUUGAGGUCCCAUGAGAUAGUGCUGCCACCCAGUGGGUCCGUGGAGACUGAUCUGGCUCUCACCUUCUCACUGCAGUACCCGCACUUCUUAAAACGAGAAGGAAACAAGCUGCAGAUUAUGCUCCAAAGGCGGAAGAGAUACAAGAACCGAACUAUCUUGGGCUACAAAACUCUUGCAGUGGGCUCUAUUGAUAUGACUGAGGUGAUGCAGCACCCGACGGAGGGAGGCCAGGUUCUGCCUCUCUGCGGCAACCAGAAAGACAUGCUGGGCAAAGUGGCAGAGAUCUGGAUCUUUUCCCUGUCCAGUCAGCCAAUAGACCACGAGGAGGCAGCCCUGCAGGGGGGGCAGAAGAUCAAAUGCUCCGAUAACUACUCAGAGGAAGAGUACGAGAGCUUCUCCUCAGAACAGGAGGCCAGCGAUGAUGCCGUGCAGGGACAGGAUCUCGAGGAUGACGAGUACGAUGUGCGAAAGCCAAAGAAGCAGAGGAGGUCGAUUGUCAGGACCGCCUCCAUCACCAGACAGCAGAACUUUAAGCAGCGAGUGGUGGCUCUUCUGAAGCGCUUCAGAGUUUCGGAUGAGGUGCUGGACUCGGAGCAGGACCCUGCGGAGCCGCCUCCUGAGGUGGAGGAGGAGGAUCUGGACCUGGACAGCGUGGAGUUUGAGAACCCCAGCGACAGCGGCCCUGAGCUGGAUGAUGACGACAGCGUUCUCAGCACACCAAAACCCAAACUCAAGCCAUAUUUUGAGGGUCUUUCCCUCUCCAGCUCUCAAACUGAGAUUGGCAGCAUCCACAGCAGCCGGAGCCACCGGGAGCCUCCCAGCCCGAUUGACCCAGAUAAAACUAAGAGCGGUGGAGCCAAGUUUCAGGAUGACAAUGUUUCUGAUAACGUCUCCUUUGAGCAGCCGGAGGCGGUGACUCCGACCACAGAGCUGGAGAUGGACAACAUGGACACGUUUCUAGAGAGACUGCCACCAAGUGGCAAAAUGACCAAGACAGAGUCCUUAAUCAUUUCAUCCAAUAGGCAGGAACCAAAGUUGGCAGGGAGGCGAGGCAGAAGCACGUCGCUGAAGGAACGUCAGCCCAGCAGGCCGCAGAAUGAGAGGGCCAACAGCCUGGACAAUGAGCGGUCCCUGGACACACGCUGCCAUCUACAGAUCCCAAGAAAGACUGUAUAUGACCAACUAAACCACAUCCUGGUAUCUGACAGCAACCUCCCUGACAGCAUCAUCCUCAUCAACACGUCAGACUGGCAGGGCCAGUAUCUUUCAGAUAUGCUGCAAAACCAUCAUCUACCGGUGGUCUGCACCUGCACCACGGCCGACAUCCAGGCUGCGUUCAACACCAUCGUCUCCCGCAUACAGAGAUUUUGCAACUGUAACUCUCAGACACCUAUUCCCAUAAAGAUCGCAGUGGCAGGAGCGCAGCACUAUCUCAGCGCCGUCCUGAGGCUUUUUGUGGACCACCUCUCCCAUAAGACCCCUGACUGGCUCGGCUACAUGAGGUUCCUCAUUAUCCCUCUAGGUGCACAUCCCGUCUCCAAAUAUCUGGGCACCAUUGACUAUCGAUACAACAGUUUGUUCCAGGAUGCUGCUUGGAGGGACCUGUUUCUCAAACCAGAGGCUCCUGUUAUUGUCCAGGAGAACCCAGACGUGGUUUCGAGGGUAACGCAGUACAUGGUGGGAGCUAACGGAGCUCACCAGCUUCCUAUCGCAGAGGCCAUGCUCACCUACAAACAGAAGAGGAAAAAGAGCUUUCAUUUUGAUUUUGCAGUAAGCCCUGACGAGGACUCGUGUCAGAAAUUCAUCCCUUUCAUUGGGAUGGUGAAAGUUGGACUUGUGGAGCAAACGUCUGCAACGUCAGGAGACUCUGAUGAUGCAGCACCUAUGGGCUCCUCGCUGCUCUCCUCUACUCCUCCUCAAGUGUCACCAGCACUCAAAGAGGCGUCGCCCACCCCUCCCUCCUCUCCCUCCGUCAACACCAGCUUCUGUGCUUACAGUUCUAGCGGUCAGGCGGAGCUGAUGGGGCUCCAGGUGGACUACUGGGUGGCUCCGAUAGACAGGAAGAAAGACGUGGAGAAGCGGGACUCCUCCUCCAAAAACACUCUGAAGUGCAAUUUCCGCUCGCUGCAGGUCAGCCGGCUGCCCCUGGGGGGCGCUGAGCCGAGCACCCAGCCCACCAUGUCCAUGACAGUGGUGACCAAGGAGAAGAAUAAAAAGGUCAUGUUCCUGCCAAAAAAGAGCAAAGACAAGGAGGUGGAGUCGAAGAGUCAAGUGAUUGAGAGCAUCAGCCGGCUCAUCUGCACUGCCAAGCACCAGCAGACCAUGCUGAGAGUGCUGAUUGACGGCGUUGAGUGGAACGAUGUCAAGUUUUUCCAGCUGGCGGCUCAGUGGUCCUCACACGUCAAACACUUCCCCAUCGGGAUCUUUGGACACUCAAAAGGCCCUUACUAGCAGCACCUAAGAGACUGAAAAGCUGAGGACAGCUCUCCUUUCCCGUCCCGUCCCGUUCCUCUCCCUCGUGCCAACAGCUUUUAACCUCCUCCUCCUCUUCCUCCCUGUUUUCUCCAUGCACACGUCUAUUCUGCAGUCUUAAUUUAAGCUCCUGCUUUUACCGGUUGCAUUUGUCCGAUUAUUUAAUCUUUUGCGUGUUUUUUUAAUUUUCUAUUUAUGUAAAAACCUCUUAAGGCAAGGCUGCCAAGGGAAUAUUUCUUUACUCUGCUUUUUAAAAGAAAAAAAAAUCCUGCUGAUGUUUUUUAGAUUUUUGAGAAAAAAAACAACUUAAUUAUAUAAUAAUUAGUAAGACUUCUAACCUUUAAUAUACUGUAGUGCCCAUGUUUCACCCUUUGCCAUUGUUUUAUUUGUUGAGGUUGGAUUUAAGCACUUGGCCAGCACAAUUAAUCAAGAAUAUAUUAAAAUAUACAAGAGCAGCUGCCUUGUAAUGAAGUGGAGGAGGUGAUGGUCAUCUUAUUUUCUAACCGUGGCGAACAGGUUUUGGAUCCUCAACUUCAGUGACUGUUGUGGACUCCAGACUCGACGUCUUAACCCCCAAGGAAGAAAAGAUAAAUGGCCCCUGACCUUUGGCUCUCUGGACGCAAUGAAGAAAUCUUAUGUGCAAUAGACUGAAUACUGUGUGAAUGCAUUUCAGAAUAAUAACCUGGCACUGUUAGUAGAGGACACCUCGCUCUUAGUUGUGACUCUCACUUUAACCCCCGCCCCUCCUCCCCUUCUUCUUUACUUUUCCUCCUGGUAACUCGGCUCGAGGUUUGAAGAGUUUUUGCUCCAAAACGAAGCAUGAAAUUAGAAGAUAAAGUCAAAUCGGUUGAAUAAUAGCACAAAAUUAACUACUUUUUAGACAGAAGUACAAAGAGAAAAGAGGAUAGGUUGACAUUUUGGGAAAUACUCUUAUUCACUUUUUUGCUGAGUCGGAUGCUAAUAUCGAUGCCACUUUUAUUUCUAUAUGUUAAAUAUGAUGCUACCAAAUAAAAAAUGUGAUACAUGGCAGUUACCGUUAUCAAGUAAUAUUGAACCGAAUAUCGAAACAUUUUGAAUAUCGAAAUAUCGCGACAAUAGUCCGACUUAGCACACAUCUCAGAACCAGGGAGAGCAGCAGGUGAUUGUCACGCACAGCUGUCAAUCACCGUCCACACAGCAGACAUCAAAGCUACUUUAAGUCUUCAAAUCUGAUUAACGGAGCAAUAAUUUCCACCAGCACACUUAUUAGAGGGCUUAUCGAAUUUAGCAAUUGAGAUCAUAAAGACUUAUAAUUGACCUAGUAUUUCUAGAGACCUUUUUGAAUUGGUCUGUUGGAGCGAGCAUUGAGUGGCUGUCUGCGGUGUUGCAUUUUAAGGUCCUUCAGAUUCAAGCUGCGGCAGUUGCACAAAAACCCCAUAAAAACCAAAACUUAUCAGUCUUACACUUUGGUUUUUGUUGGGUUUAAACAAACAAGACAUAAUAUGUUGAUUAAUGAGAUUUAAAGGUGCUGGCAGACAGAUUUUGUUACUUUUUCUCAGAGCCAGGGUAGCUAUCUUUACACUUGGCUAAGCUAACUGGGUGCUAGUUGUAGCUUCAUACAGACAUAGAUAAGAGUGCUAUCAAUCCUCUCAUGUUACUUUUGGCAAGAAAGCAAGCAGGCGUAUCUCCCAAAAUGUCAAACUAUUCCUUAAAGUUUGGUUUAUAAAAAGAAGAUUACCUAACAGAGUACUACCUCUGUAUUAAGCAAUGAGCUUGUUGAGGUUUGUUUCCUAAAAUGUUACUUUUGGACAGAACUCUUCCUCAAGCGCUGCACUCCUCCGACGCACUCCAUAUCUUUUGCAAAAAGCAAACGUUACUUUUGCCAAAGGAAAUGCUCAUCAACUGCAGCUCACUCAUUACCUGUGUGGUAUUAUAGAUGACUUCAUAAAUGUAGAGGUGAAUGUAUUGAAGGUACCUUAAUGUAAAGCACUUUUAAAUGUUUGUCCUUUAUAGAUUAGUAUGUUAAAACUUGCUCCCGGGGGGAAAACCUGCAGGUACGACAUGGACAGAAACGAUCUGUCGUGUAUCUGAGCUGAACGGCAGCACAACGCAGUGGUGACGUGGCAUCGUUCAUAUGCAAAGUAAACCAAGCAUCUGCAUCUCCUCAGUGCUGUGUAAUAUCACUUUACGCUCAGUGUGAGGCCUCGUUUUAGACUUUAGUUUAAUAUUCUGUAAGGUUAGCCUAGAAUGUGUACGUGAUGUUAACAUUUCAAAAAAUGUUCUAUCAGUAGAUUUUUGCUCCAUCUUUUUGUUGAAUAUUACGCAUAAAACAAAAAAAGUAUUUUGCUUAAAAAUUUCUUUCAGUAGCAGUUUCAUUAUAACCUUUGCCAAUGUCUUGAUAAGUGCCUAAAUUUGCUUAAUUUUGACAAAUCAAUAUAAAUAAAUGUCCCAGCUAACAUGGUGCUGAUUCUGGUCUGACAACAACAAAAUAUCUCAGUACAGUGCGUUGAUAUUGCAUCAUAUAUACACAUGCAGUCAAGCCUGUUUAUUCAUACUUUGCUAAAAUAAAAAAGGGCCCUGCACAUCAUGGGAGGGAGGGAAGAUCACACUCUGGCCGUUUGGGUUUGAACUAAUUAAACGAACGCUUCGUGUCGAGCAUACACUCGUUUCUCUGUAUAGAAGAUGUUUUAAAUGUUAUGUUUUUUCAUGUUGUCUUGGAAAAAAAGGCUUGUUGAAACCGAAAGUUCCCCUAAAGACUACCACUGUAAUCCCAGACACUGGGAGUAAUAAAACUACUAUACACA